GCUCCGGAGCUGCCCGAGAGGGAGCGGAUCCGGCGGUCGGGAGGCAAAGCGGCAUCAGGCAGUGGUCGCCUUUCCUCUUCCUCCUCCUCCUCCUCUUCCUUCUCCGCCACGCCUCAACUUUCCAAGAAAGUUCCCCAACUCCGGAAGAGAAAGAGAGAAAGAGAAAGGGAGCCAAGCAGAGAGAGAGAGAGAGUAAGAAAGACGGAAAGGAAGAGACUGUCGCUGUGAGUGCUGUCGCUGUGAGUUCUUCUCCUUCCAGCGCAUCGCAUCCUCCUCCUCCUCUUUCUCCUUCUCCUCCUUCUCCUGCUUUUGAACCCUUUUCCUCCUCCAGCGACGAUGCCGUCCAGGCGAGCCCACGAACAAGACCCCCAACACGCGUGCAUGUAGAGAGGAAACCCCUCUUCUCGGUUGCCUUUCCCCCUCGCUCAUUUCUCUGGCCUCUUCCUUCCUCUUGAGUGUUUGGUCGUGUGUCCCUUCCUCCCUCUCCCUUGGCUUCUUCCCUGCUUCCUUCCCAUCUUUGGGGUUUUUUUUGUUGGGGGGAAGGGGGACCUCGGAGACCGUGGACUGGGGAUGAAGGCGCCUCUUUGAACGACCCCGACAUGGAAGGAUCUAGCGGCUCCAGCUUCGGCAUCGACACGAUCUUGUCCAACGCCAGGUCCGGCAGCCCUGGAGGGAUGAACGGCAGCGGAGGUGGCGGCGACUUCAGAGGCCCCCUCGGAGACUUCCCUUCCUCGCCUUGUUCGGAAAUAGACACGGUGGGCACGGCGCCUUCCUCGCCGAUCUCGGUGACAGCGGAGCCCUCCGAGCAGCAGCCGCCGCAACCGCCGCCACCCGACGCCCUCCCGACGCCGCACAACGCGCUCCACCACCCGCAGCCCUCGCCCCAGCAGCAGCAGCAGCAGCCCUUAGGGCCAGGCGGAGGCUCCGCGCCCAGGACUUCCACCUCUUCCUUCCUCAUCAAGGACAUUCUGGGAGACAGCAAGCCCUUGGCGGCCUGCGCGCCUUACACCACCAGCGUCCCGUCCCCGCACCACACCCCCAAAGCCGAGGCACACGCCGCCGGAGAGGGCUUCCGGCCCAAGCUCGAGCAGGAGGACGGCAAGGGCAAGCUGGACAAGAGGGACGAGGCCCAGAGCGAGCUCAAGUGCCACGGGGCGAAAGAAGAAGGCGACCGGGAGAUUUCCAGCAGCCGGGACAGCCCCCCUGUGAGAGCCAAGAAGCCCCGCAAAGCCCGCACCGCCUUCUCGGACCAUCAGCUCAACCAGCUGGAGAGGAGCUUCGAGCGGCAGAAGUACCUGAGCGUCCAAGACCGCAUGGACCUCGCCGCCGCCCUCAACCUCACCGACACCCAGGUCAAAACCUGGUACCAGAACCGCAGGACCAAGUGGAAGCGGCAGACGGCCGUGGGCCUGGAGCUGCUGGCCGAAGCGGGCAACUACUCGGCCCUGCAGCGGAUGUUCCCGUCGCCCUACUUCUACCACCCGAGCCUCCUGGGCAGCAUGGACAGCACCACGGCGGCGGCGGCGGCGGCGGCCAUGUACAGCAGCAUGUACCGGACUCCGCCGGCGCCCCACCCGCAGCUCCAGCGCCCUUUGGUGCCCCGCGUCCUCAUCCACGGCCUGGGGCCCGGCGGGCAGCCCGCCCUCAACCCCUUGGCCAACCCGCUCCCCGGGACCCCGCACCCGCGGUGAGGCCGACGCCGGAAACACCCCGACGCACCCAUUGUUUACCCUCUCCGAUGCCACUCCCCUCCCUUGAGAAACCUCCCGAGAAAGCGAGGAGCCAACUUUGGGAACUCAAAACGUCCCUCCCCCCGCCCAGCUCCCCUUGGUCUUGAAAAACAAUACUUUUUUGGUUCAAAAAUGUCCGAAAGAGAGACAGAAAAGGCGACGUGGGGAGAAGAGGAGCCGAGAAAGAGACUGAGCCCCAGCCAAAGACUCUUGAGUGGCACAAAGAGAGAAAAGGCGCCCCCUUUCUGGGUUGCUGUGAGUUUUCCGGGCUGUAUGACGAUGUUCCAGAAGCAUUUUCUCCUAACAUUUGGCCUGCAUCUAUGGUAGUCAUCCUUAGAGGUUGUGAGGUAUGUUGGAAACUAUGCCAAUGGGGUUUAUACAUCUGUGGAAUGUCCAGGGUGGGAGAAAGAAUUCUUGUCUGUUUGAGGCCAGUGAGAAUAUUUCAAUUGGCCACCUUGAAUGGCCUUGCAGCUUCAAAGCCUGUAUGCUUUCUGCCUGGGGGAAUCCUUUGUCCGGAGGUGUUAGCUGGGCCUGAUUGUUUCAUAUCUGAAAUUCCUCUGUUUUCUAAGUGUUGUACUUUAUUUACUGUCCUGAUUUUAGAGCUUUUUAAAUACUAGUAGCUAGAUUUUGUUCAUUUUCAUGGUUUCCUCCUUUCUGUUGAAAAUGUCCACAUGCUUGUGGAUUUCAAUGGCUUCUCUGUGUAGUCUGACAUUAGUAGUCCAGCAUUUCUGUCUUCUCAAAUAAUAUGCUGUUGUCCAGGUUGGUUCAUCAAGUGCUCUGCUAUGGCUGACUUCUCUGGUUGAGCUAGUCUGCAGUGCCUUUCAUGCAGUACCUGGACCACUCCAACAAACAGUAUGUCAGACUACACAGAAAAGCCACUGAAAUCCACAAGCAUGUGGAUAAUUUCAACAGAAAGGAGGAAACAAUGAAAAUGAACAAAAUCUAGCUACUAGUAUUUUUUUAAAAAAAUACUCUAAAAUCAGGACAAUGAAUAAAGAACAGUCUGAAAACAGAUUGACAUUAAUCAAUCAGGGCCAGCUAACAACUCCCAACAAAGAAGAUGCCCAGGCAGUAAGAAGCCAGACUUUGAAUCUGAAUGACUAUUCAAUGCUAAUCAAGGUGAUUAAUUGCAGCAUUCACACCUACCUCAAACCGACACGAGUUCUUUCUCCCACCCUUGUCCUUCCACAGAUAUAUAAACCCCACUUGCUUAGUUUCCAAUAUAUCUCACAACCUCUGAGGAUGCCUGCCAUAGAUGCAGGCGAAACGUCAGGAGGGAAUGCUUCUGGAACAUCGCCAUACAGCCAGGAAAACUCACAAUAACACGCCCCCUCUGUUUCUUUUUUUCUUUCCCUUUUUCUCUCUCCCUCCCUCCCCUCUCGAAGACGACGGAGAAGUUUGCACUGAUUUCUCAUGACCCCCCCCCCCCCUUCCCCUGCUUUUUAAAGUCUUCUUUUCCUCCCGAAAAAAGUGGCAUGCUCCGUGUUCUAUCAAUAGAUAUAUAUCUAUAUCUAUAUAGAAGUAUAAAUAUAUAUAUAUGGAUAUGUACAUUUUGAACAGGCUGGUGUGCGAAGUGAAUAUAUCUUAUUUAUUCUAUGUCGUCCGAAAACAAAAUUGGGGGGUAGAAACCCCUCCAAGUCACUCAUAUGCUUUAUUUCAAAGGACAACAGAAAGACACUGCAGCAAAGACAAAAAAAGACACACAAAAUUAUGUCUUUCCCCCCUCCUCUCUCCUUUUUUUUCAAAUGCUCUUUUUUGGGAUUUCAGUAAAUGCUUAGGUGGCAGCAAAAAAUUAUGAAUAAUUAUAUAUAUAUAGAUUUUUUUGAUGGCUGACAAUGGCAAAACGAAGUGGAAAAAAUAAAUAAACUUUUAUCUUUUUUUAAACAAAGUAAA